GCUGAGCAGAGAUAUAAACCUAGAGUAUCUACUCGGUUUACGUACGCUGUGAACCAUGUGUUUGUAUUGAAUUUAAGCAGGGAAUUUUAUGUACCAAAAUGAAACGCUUAUCUAGUGAAAGAACGAAGUUACUUUUUGAAAAACUCUCAAAAUAUAUAGGAGCAAAUGUUAAGUUGUUGAUUGACCGACCAGAUGGAACAUACUGCUUCAGGGAGACGAAAAAUAGAGUAUACUACGUCUCUGAGAAAAUAUUACUACUUUCAACUAGUGUUCCACCAGAGAAUUUAGUGAGUGUAGGCACAUGUUUUGGAAAAUUCACGAAGACGGGAAAGUUCAAGCUUCAUAUUACAGCACUUACUUUCUUAGCCCCUUAUGCACAGUAUAAAAUCUGGUUGAAGCCUUCUGCAGAACAACAAUUUUUAUAUGGCCAUCAUGUCUUAAAAUCUGGUUUGGGCCGAAUAACAGAAAACACUCAAAAGUAUCAAGGUGUUGUUGUUUUGUCUAUGAAUGAUUUACCUCUGGGCUUUGGAGUAGCAGCCAAAACAGCAGCAGAAUGCAAGCAUACAGAUCCUAUGUCAGUUGUGUGUUUCCACCAAGCAGACAUAGGAGAAUAUAUUCGGUCAGAGGAUGCUCUGAUAUGAUCAUUUCUACCUUCAGACAUGAGACUAAUGGACUAUUCAGAUCCUGUUUAUGAAUAAAUAGAACAGUUAUUAUAUAGGUAUAUAUUUUUAUAAAAGUACUACCCAGUUUUAUGCAACUUACAAUCAGUUAUCAUAUACUUCAGAUUACAGUUAACUGGUCUGUAAAACAGCAUAGCCCUGUAGGCAUUUGUCAGUGUUUCAGAGGAAUAUGCUUUGUCAGUAAGUAGGGCUGGGAAGUGGCAUAGUUAAUGUACGAAGGGUGAAAAAAUCAGGCCAAGGAAACCUGUCUGAUCCUCUUAAUUGAUCCUUCCACUCUUCCUGCACUACUUUUCUACCUCCCAGCACAUCUCACUACUACCAUGAAGAUGGAAGCAUUAUGUUUUUCUGAAACACUGGCAACAACCUACUAGACUACAUGAUGCUACAACCCAGAAGACCAAUCUGAACUCUUGCUGCCCAGAAAAUCUCAACCUCAUAUUUAUUCAGCAUUAUAUGGUGUACAGUUGAUACAGCACUGUUAAAUUACUUAACAAAAUAAACAGGUCAGUGAACUUUUCACAUUUCACACCCAUGUAGGUAAAAUUAAAAUAAUUGUGGUGAUGGUGCUAUGUAGAAUUUCUGUAUGUAUGUAUAUGUGUGUGGAGUACCAGCAUACUUGGAACAAGAUUUGGACUGUUACUUAGCAAAUAUAAAUUUUAACUGACUCUAAGUUUGAAGUCACAAGAGGCAAAGUUUAUGUUUUUAAAUGGUAAAUAUUUUCUGGUACAGUUAUAUGUGCAGACUUGAAAACUCUUACUACAUAUAAUCACUGUCUACCUUUCCAUGAUUAUUUUGUGUUAAAUGGGGAUACACGAACAUGGCCACAUAAAAUCUCCCAUUAAUACCCAGACACAGAUUUUUUACACAGACACAAAUGAAUGGCCCUAUCUGUCCUGUGUAUGAAAUAAAAACAAAUAAUGUAACAUACUAAAAUCAUAACCAUUAUGACCCAUGUCAAAUAAAAAUAUAUUAAAUAUUA